ACAAGUCCUAGUCGCGCCCUGCCAUCGGCGCCUCACAGUCUGGGCCAGCCGACCAGGAGACCUCCCUUGGAGACGAGACCACUCAAAGCAUGUCCCACAAGGUGCAUAGCCUUGGAACUGACACUGGCCCAGGUUACCAGCACGUGGUCAACCUGGCCUUCAGUCUCGUCAAGCUGCGUCACCACACCUACUUGACGCAGCAGCAAGUGGCGGAGAUCGUCACCCUCUGGGAACAAUUGCCGGAGGGCGACAAGGCCCCAGUUCACUUUCCGCCACGCCACCAGGAAUGGCUGGUGCAGGGGAGGUUCCGGCGCAAACACUCGCAGACCAAUGUCACACCAGGAGUGGAGAGCUUGUGGCGGUGUAUGGUUGGCCAAGCCGCACAGAUGCCAAACAUCAGCCGCCUUGUGGAGGCCGUUUGUGUAGAGCUGUCCAGGAUUCACCCCGAAGGAACCACCAUCAGCGGCAUGAGGGUGAACCGCUGGGCAGCUGUGAUGCGGGAUUACACCUACAUCCGGGAAAACAUCCUCACAAACCCGGUACUCAUGGCUCAGACUCGAAUCCAGUUAUUCCCCCUCAAUCAGCACACCCUGGCACAAUGGCACUACGCUCGCAUCAGGGAGCUGGUACGGCGGGCUCUGGAGAUGGCCGUGCCACAGCCAACCAGCUCGGCCCUUGCUUCAGAGCCCACCCCUGCCGCAUGCCUACAACCCACAGGCUCCGAGCAGUCCGCUGCACAACCACCCCACUUCCCCGACGUCGGGGCCCCGUGGAUGUGGCACCAGCCAUCAUUGGGCACACCCCCGUGCCACAUGAAGCACCCGCCACCCAGCCACUCUCCCCGUCGGCUGACACUGCCAGUCCUCCGCUUCUACCACCGCAGGCAGGAUCCUCAGUACCCCGCACCACUGCCUGGCAGCAGAAGAAAAAGCAGGAGGCGGACGAGCUGGCACGACAGCAAGGAAUUCACCCCAAACAAAGGAAAAAGAUUGAGUCAUACAUUUGUAAGUGCUGUCAGGGGGGAAUUCUUUUCCUCCACGUCAGCCGGCAAAACUAUCCAGGAGUGGCUGGAGGAAAAGAGAAGGGAAAAGGAAAAACGUGCCGGGAGGGAUGGCCACUAAGCAAUUUUUGUUUUAUUAAUCUGUAGAUGGGGCCCAUACAUUGCUUUUUUUUCUUUUUUUUUUUUUAUAACUGCCUGACACUUUAUAUGUUGACAGAAAA